GGGCAGGCGCUGUGGGAGGGAGCGCCAGAGCGAGGCUGUGAGCUGAGCUGGUCGCGUGAGGCGCGGUGGCUCCGCUUCAGGUGUGACGGACAGCAGCGGCCUGGCUGAGAGAAGGGGCGAGCGCGGUUCUUCUUGCGGUGUGAGAGCGGUCACCAUGGACCGUCCGGAUGAGGGGCCUCCAGCCAAGGCCCGCCGCCUGAGCAGUUCAGAGCCCCCUCAGGACGACGUGCCUCCGCCGCCGCCGCCGCCGCCGCCACCGCCACCACCUCCACUCCUGCGACUGCCCCUGCCUCCACCAGAGCAGCGCCCGAGGCUCCGGGAGGAAACUGAGGCGGCACAGGUGCUGGCUGACAUGAGGGGGGUGGGACUGGGCCCCACUCUGCCCCCGCCGCCGCCCUAUGUCAUUCUGGAGGAGGGGGGAGUUCGCGCAUACUUCACCCUGGGUGCUGGGUGUUCCUGCUGGGAUCCUGAGAUAGAGUCUGGGUAUGGGGGGGCGCCCCCUCCCACGGAGAGCCUGGAAACUCUCUCUCCUUCGGAGGUUUCUGGGGGAAGCCUGGAAAUCGACAUUCAGGUUUCGGAGCCCGGCAGCUUUGAUGGAGAAAAGGCCCUAGAAACCUGUAGCAUAGGGGGGCGGGGGUACCAGAUGUUAGCCGGUCUACAGGGGAAGGAAGAGACCAUCAUCAUAGUGGAAGAUGAUGAGGAGGAUGAAAAGGAAAGUGUGAGGAAGAGGAGGAGGAGGAAGAGGAAGCACAGGAAGGUGAAGAAGGAAAAGGAAGAGAUAAACGCCGAGAAGAUAGAGUACAUCCUGCAGGCACUGGAAAACAUUCAGCUGGACCUGGAGGCGGUGAACAUCAAGGCAGGCAAGGCCUUCCUCCGUCUCAAGCGCAAGUUCAUCCAGAUGCGGAGACCCUUCCUGGAACGCAGAGACCUUAUCAUCCAGCAUAUCCCAGGCUUCUGGGUCAAAGCAUUCCUCAACCACCCCAAAAUUUCAAUCUUGAUCAACCAACGUGAUGAAGACAUUUUCCGCUACUUGACCAAUCUGCAGGUACAGGAUCUCAGACAUAUCUCCAUGGGCUACAAAAUGAAGCUGUACUUCCAGACAAACCCCUAUUUCACAAACAUGGUGAUUGUCAAGGAGUUCCAGUGCAACCGAUCUGGCCGGCUGGUGUCUCACUCUACCCCAAUCCGCUGGCACCGGGGCCAGGAACCCCAGGCCCACAAGCACAGGAACCAGGACACCAACCACAGCUUCUUCAGCUGGUUCUCAAAUCACAGCCUCCCAGAGGCCGACAGGAUUGCUGAGAUUAUCAAGAAUGACCUGUGGGUUAACCCUCUGCGCUACUACAUGAUGGGUGAAGGCGGCUACAGGGCCAAAAGAAAGAAACAAGAAAAGAAAGAAAGGCUUUCCCACAGUAAAAAGAGGAACAAGUAUGAGGUGGUGAUCAUGGAAGACUUUGACGACUAUCAAGUAAUGGAAGACAUAAUUGGUGAGACCUCAGACAGCGAUGUUAUCACCGACAAUGAGACCAUUCACGACAUCAAGAUCUCUGACUUCAUGGAGACCACCGACUGCUUUGAGACCUCCGACAACGAGAUAACCGACAUCAACGAUAUAACCGACAUGAACAAGGUAACCGACAUCAGUGAGAUAACCGACAUCGAGAGCCUCUGUGACAGUGAGAGCCUCUGUGACAGCGAGAUCCCAGACCACAGUGAGACCACUGACAACAAUGAGAUUGCCAUUGACGACAAAAAUCCUGAUGACAACAAUGAGAAUACUGAUGGUGACGAUGAGAGCCCCAAGGGUAGCAGCUACAGCAACAACCUGGGCAGCAGUGAUAGUGACAAUGAUGGAGACAACGAGGCCAGUGAUGAUGAAGAUAAUGAUGGCAAUGAAGGUGACAGUGAAGGCAGUGAUGAUGACGGCAAUGAAGGUGACAAUGAAGGCAGUGAUGAUGACGACAGAGGCAUUUAUGAUUAUAUGACUGACAUUGAAGAGUCUGAGAAGGAUCAAGUUAACAGCAGCUACCUGUAUGAAUAUGACGAUGAGGUAGAAACCUUCUUGGAAGAAGAAUCAUCAGUGGAGGAAGAAGAGGAGGAGGGUAGUGAGGAAGGAGGUGAAGACAGCCAUGACGAGGGAGAAACUGAGGAGGAGGAAGGAAUCGAAGAAGACUGGGAAGACUCUGACAUGGAGGAAGUCCUUCAGGUCCAAAACGCUUGGGUGGACCCAGUGAAGAGAGGCAAAAUCGGAUAAAUAAACGUCCAGCCCUUGCCCUUGUGGCGGCUGCCUCUGUAGUUCUCCCCCCCCCCAUUUGUCCUCCCCUUCAGCUAGGGCCUUGAGGCCCCACAUUGCACUUCUGGGGGGUGACCAACUUCGUACACGGGUUUGAAGUUUAUUUUUAUGGUUUAGUAAUUGCAGAGUUCUUCUUUUGGGGAGCAGGGGGAGGGGGAUUCCCCCUUCCUUUGGCCCUCCCUCGCAGGCUUCUGUGUGCUGCUAUGUAUUUAUUGUGAUGCCUUGGUCAGGGCCCCUCUGUCCCCCUCCUCGUGCUGUAUGGAGUGGACACCCUUGAUCUCAAAGUGGGGGAGGCUGCUGUGGCCUUGGGGGCUCUGCUGCCACCCUGUUGUCCCAAGUCUCUCUCUUUCCCUCACCUUUCCCCGCUGUGCCCGCUAGCCCGCAUCGGUGUCUAUGCAAGGCCGCUUUGCCAUUGCGGUGUUCCUAUCCCCCUCCCCCAGAAGCCCUGCCUCUUUCCCUGUGAACCCUGGUAAUCCUAAUAAAAUUCAGAGCAAGUUCAAAGUG